AUGGAAAUUAGUGAAAAAAAGAAGUGUUAUAUGAAUGAGAUUCUUUCUAAUGUGUCUCAGGUUUUGAAAUAUGGUUUGAGGAGUGCCUUGGAAGGUGUGAACACAAUUUCUAAAAAUGCAGUUGCUUCUGUUGUACUGAAAUGUUCUGAAUUUGUGAUUGGUCCUGCUCCUUUAAGUUCUGAAUUUGUGAUUGGUCCUGCUCCUUUAAGUUCUGAAUUUGUGAUUGGUCCUGCUCCUUUAAGUUCUGAAUUUGUGAUUGGUCCUGCUCCUUUAAGUUCUGAAUUUGUGAUUGGUCCUGCUACUAUCCAGAUUUUCAAACAAUGGGAUAAAAGAGAAGCUGCUUCUGGUCCUCAUGACAUUAAUCAUCAUUAUGACAUCAUUGGACAGACUCCACACAAGAAAAAUUCAUUGUGCACAGUGGGUGUUCCACAUAUUUUUGGCACGCAUCUUACAGUGGAAGGCCAUAGCAUUAGAAUAGAAAAAAAGCAUUUUGAACAUAUGGGCAGGAAUCACACAAGACACAGCACACUGUUGUCAAAAGUGUUACAUCUGACGUCUACAUCACCUUCAGUUCACCAGAAGAAGCAAAGUCAAGAAACAAAACCUAAACCGAUGAAGAACCCUGAGAAAGAAAAACAUAGUUCCUCUUUAACUUUUUUGGAAAAAACACUAUUGGAGAAUCAGAAAAAGAAGAAAUCACAGCUGCAUCAAAAAUCAGAUGAUAUUCUGGAUGAUUCACAUUUAAUAAGAAAUCCCCAUCAAGCAGAAACAAUGUCCAAAAUAAAAAAUGUUGUAAAGGCUAGAAAAGCAAGUUCAGCAACAUGUGCAAAUUUGGUUACUAAAAAGCCAUCCAUUAGAUUUCCAAAUACUGAAGUUUUGGAAUGGACACCUAUGAACCCAUCAAAACUCUCAGGGCAGCUCAUUAAUCAGCGUGAAAAGUCUAGUCAAAAAGGCACUCGGAAAGCGGCACAAGGAAUAAAAGGUGCAAUGAAAGGCCAGCCUGUGGUGCAGAAGAAGACAAGAAAAAGGAAGAAGGAGAAACACCACCACCAGGGUCGGGGGAACAACAAAUAA